AUGUCAGAGAGGAGAACAGAUAAACGCUACACUUCAGCUCUUACCCUCAAUCAGUUUUCUCCUCUUUUCUUUGAGAGCCCCCAUGCCUCUUUCCCUCUCAUUCCUCAAUCUUCAAAAAGGUGUCUGUCUGGUCAGAGGAAAAUGGGAAGCACUGGCGCUGAUAAAAUUCCAGUACCUAAACAUGCUAAUGAGGUUACGUGUUCUGAUACGAAUAAAAAAUUGAAUACUAAAUUCCUUCUCAUUAUAGGUUCAUUACCAAAUGCUAACUCAAGACAACAGGAGCGAUUGAAUACACACAGUGCCAACAGAACUCAAAACAACCAAGAGUCCGAGAGGCCAAUUCCUAGUAGUAUUCUUCAGUUUCUAAGAGCGCUUUUCCCUGGUGGUGAAAUCCAGGUAGAGGAAACUACUUUACAAGGAUCAGCAACUGAUUCUGUCCUGGAGCAAGCAGGAACAUCCCGUGGUAAUGCAACACCUGAACCAAGUAUUAAUGAUGGAGUGUUUUUAUCUAAUCUGCUUCAUCAGAUUAUGCCAUACAUAUCUCAGCAUGAGGGAUUGCAACGAAGUACCGUGUCUACAGAACAAGCAAAUACAUCCACCCAGGCUGAGAGCUCCAGGACUGGGAAUUCACAUAGACCUAGUGACUCCGAACCAAACCCGCCAAGCUCAAAGCGUCAAAAGACGGAGUAAUGUAUCAAGAGAUGCUGGAUCAACGAAUCUUCUCGCGGUUAUGAAGUUGGUGAUUUACCGAUUUGAGUGGUCACGAAUGGCGGCAUGACUUUAUGUUAAAUGUGGUAUACCCCUUAUUCUUUGAUUUCAAAUGACAAGUGACAUUUUCAUAAUUGAGAUGGGGAAUUUGAACCGGAGUUUACCUU